AUGUUGUGGAAGGCCUUCCUGCUUGUGGGGCUUAUUGUGAUGGGGAUUCGUGACUGCAGCUUCAGAUUUGUAGAAAUCAACAAGAACAAUGAGGAUUUUAGCAUUUCUGUGGAGUAUGUGGUGUUUCACUUCAAUGAAAAUCAGGAUGAUAAUUUUGCCUACAAGUUCCUGAGAGUCCGGAGAAGUCAGAGUCAGAGAAAGAAAUUGCUGUUUUUAAUAGACCUGGAGAUGGGCCGUACGAUUUGUAAGAAAUUUGAAGAAGACAUUGACAAUUGCCCAUUGCAGGAGGGCCAAGGAGAGAAAAAGGUGCGCUGCACUUAUAUUUUGGAGACUCUGCCUUGGAUAACUCAGUUCACCGUCAUGAACAGUACCUGUGCGGAGAUUUAAGCGGGGCCACCAUCUCUGUGUACCUGCAGUGAAAG